AUGGGCUACGCCAAACUUUCAGUCGGGGUCCUUCUCGCAGCCAUUCUCUACGGAAUCUACACCAUCCUCGAAGCCAACCUGGAACAAUUCUACAUCUUCACACCGGAGCAACUCCACAAAAUUUCCCUCAAUGCCAUCGAGCAACAUGGAAACCACACCGAGUCCGUAGUAUCCAGCAUCGUAUCCCAACUCCGCGAAAUCCCCACAGUGCAACCCCACCUAAGCACCUCCGAAGAAUGGAUCUUCAACAACGCCGGCGGAGCAAUGGGAGGAAUGUACAUAAUCCACGCCUCCAUAACCGWAUAUCUCAUAAUUUUCGGGACGGCGAUUGGAACUGAGGGACAUACGGGUCGUCAUACCGCGGACGAUUAUUUCCAUAUUAUUCGCGGCACGCAAUUCGCUUAUAGUCCUGGAUCCUAUGAGCCGGAGGUUUAUCCUCAGGGGAGUGUGCAUCAUUUGCGUCGGGGGGAUGUCAAGCAGUAUAAAAUGGAUGAGGCGUGUUUUGCGUUGGAAUAUGCGCGGGGUUGGAUUCCUCCUAUGCUUGGGUUUGGGUAUGCCGAUACUUUUACUAGUACCUUGGACUUUCCAACUCUGUGGAGGACGACGUGGGUGACUGGGAGAGAGAUGGUGUUGAAUUUGUUGCGCUUCAAGUUAUAG